AUGAGGUUCGGCCAGCAGCUCCGGAGCUCUCUGAUCAAGGACUGGUAUUACUACUACAUCUCAUACGACGAGCUCAAGAAGAGCCUACAAACCGACUUCGAGCAUGUCCCCGCCAUACAGCAAUCCAACAAGCCUCAGCGGAAGCCCUGGAGUGAAGAGGAUGAGCAGCGCUUCGUCAAUAAGCUUGAGGAGGAGCUGGACAAGGUCUUCACCUUCCAGAAGGUUAAGAGUCAAGAGAUCAUUCGCCGUAUAAAGGCCAGUGAGAAGGAGGUCAGCGAGGCUAUUGAGAGGACAGAGGCUGCGCAGACUGAUGAGCGGGCGAAAGCAAAUGAGCCGUCGGAGGAUGAGUUCAUGCUGCUGGAGGAGGACUUGUCGGAUAUCAUCGCGGAUGUGCACGAUCUGGCCAAGUUCACACAAUUGAACUAUACUGGGUUUCAGAAGAUCAUCAAGAAGCAUGACAAGAUGACAAAGUGGCAUCUGAGGCCUGUAUUUGCCGCGCGACUCAAUGCCCGGCCUUUCUUCAAGGAUGACUACGACGAGACGGUGAUCAAUCUUUCGAAGCUGUACGAUCAAGUACGGACGCGAGGUAGCCCGAUCCAGGGUGAUUCUUCUGCUGGAGGCAAACAGCAGAACUUCGUGAGGCAGACUACGAAGUACUGGGUGCAUCCGGACAACAUCACCGAGCUGAAGCUCAUCAUCUUGAAGCAUCUGCCUGUUUUGGUGUUCAAUCCCAGCAAGGAGUUUGAAAGGAAAGACUCCGCGAUCACGUCGAUAUACUACGACAAUACCGAUACCUGGGAACUGUACGAGGGUCGUCUGAAGAAGUCUGAGGGAGCAGAGGCUAUUCGUCUACGAUGGUAUGGUGGGAUGGACACCGACACUAUCUUUGUGGAGCGCAAGACACAUCGAGAAGACUGGACGGGAGAGAAGUCGGUCAAGGCGCGGUUUUCGCUGAAGGAGAAGAAUGUCAAUGCUUUUCUCCAAGGGCAGAUGACAACUGCACAGGCUUUUGAGAAGAUGCGGAGAGACGGCAAGAAGGGUGAGAAGGAGAUUAAUGAUCUUGAGCAGCUCGCGAAGGAGAUACAGUUCCGUGUUCUGGAUCGGAGUCUUGUACCUGUGUGUCGAUCCUUCUACAAUCGAACGGCUUUCCAGCUACCUGGAGACGCACGCGUGCGGAUAUCACUGGACACAGAGCUAUCGAUGGUGCGAGAAGAUAAUUUGGGUGGCCGGAAAAGGGCAGGAAACAACUGGCGACGGAUGGAUAUUGGCAUCGAUCAUCCGUUCGAUCAGCUGCCCGCAGAAGACAUCGAGCGGUUCCCGUACGGUGUGCUAGAAGUCAAGAUCCAGACUGCCGCCGGACAGGAACCGCCAGAAUGGAUUCGCGAACUGACCGCAUCUCACCUGGUGGAGGCCGUGCCAAAGUUCUCGAAGUUCAUCCAUGGCUGCGCUACCCUCUUCCCUGACCGCAUUGACCUUCUACCUUUCUGGUUCCCACAAAUGGACGCCGAUAUCCGCAAACCCGUCACGCACAAGUUCGGGAUCGAGCGACCUGGACACAGCACCGAAGCCAGCACGAGCGUCGGUAUGGAGGACGACACUGAUGACGAAAUGGAUGGAGAGGAAGACGGCGAUGAAAGGACGCUACGGGGCGAAGAGGACAGCAACGACUCGAACAUGCAGCGUCUCCGCGCAGCUAGGGACGCAUUGGAGCAGCACGAGCAGGAAAGGCGAAUGGAGUUGGUCAAUGGCGGCGACCCCAAUGUUAUGGACGAGGAGGAACGCAUGGCCCAGAAACCUAUCGCUUCGAUUGAUGACGACUAUCCCCUGUAUGACUCCGAAGAUGACGAGGAUGCUCUGGAAGAGGCGAAGCGGGUUGGCGGCUGGACGUACCGAUGGAAGCUUGUCAAGAGCUACGCGAGUGUGGCAGGCGAUAAAGUGCUGUACACGCUCAAGAUGGCCACGCCGUUCCCGAAGCCGACUCAAAUACCGCCUCGAGAAGGCAAGUUUGGUCUGCCCAGUGCGGAUAAAGUGCAACAGAGACGCUUCCGCGCGCCAAGGGGCAAGAAGAUUCAUGUACCUGUGCGAGUAGAGCCGAAGGUCUCUUUCGCCGCUGAGCGAACCUUCCUGGCCUGGCUCGAGUUCUCAAUCAUCCUCGGCUCCAUCGCCGCCACCCUGCUCAACUUCGGCGACACGGGCUCCAUGGCCUCCGCAUGGGCUUUCACGAUCCUCGCCGCGGUGGCGUUGUUCUACAGCAUGGGCAUUUUUCUCUGGCGGGUGGAUAAGAUCAAGAAGAAGAGGGCGGUGGAUUAUCAUGAUAAGUGGGGGCCGAGCGUGCUGUGUUUUGGGCUGGUGGUGGCGGUAGGGAUUAGUUUUGGAUAUCGGCUGGGGCAUGGGGGGGAGGGGGGUUUGAGAGGGCACAUAAAGCCGCCAGAACACGCUUUAUCCGACGGCUCCUUCUCCGCUGGCUUUGUGCCUAUAGGCUAA